AUGGUCAGCGCAAGGGUCCUAGUUUUGUCAAACUAUCUGCCACCCGAGCCGCAUACACCAUAUAUUGCAGGCUUGUUCCCCAAACUCUACGACUAUCUAUCGGCCCACCGACUAUCACUUCACCUGCUCUCGCAGGGCGCGGAGCCUAUAAGAGACGGGCCCGACAACUCCCUCGAGAGCUAUCUCGGCUUCUUCUGCCCGGACAACGAGGCCUUGUGCCAAAGACUGCUGGAUCACGAGGAAGCCGACGCGCGCGAGCUCGUGGCCUACCUCGUGUCGCGCUAUCCCGGCAGCCAGUUCCUCGAGUACCGGCGUUUCGACACCGUGGCUGAGCGCGCAAGCCGGUGGCGGGAGAAGACUAUUCCGGCAUCCCUUCCCUGGCCAACACCAACACCAACGACGGCGGGCGAGGCGGCGGCGGGGGAGAAGGAGAGGCUGAGGCAUGCCGAGGGCGAGGACGAGGUAGGGCCCAGUGAGAAGUAUUAG